UCUUAUCUGUUGGACUCAGAGAAGAAGAGCCAGAGGGAGACAGCGAGAUACAGAGACGAGGAAAAUGGCCGCUACUAUUGGAGGGAUUAGUGUUGGGUUAGGGAUUCCAUGUUCCACAAAGCUCUCCAAAAGAUUCUCCUCUUCACGAUCAUCUCGCGUGAGAAUGGCGGUUACUGUUGAAGAGAAGAAGAAUUUCACUCUGAAGAAGUCUGAAGAAGCCUUCAAUGCUGCCAAGGAGCUGAUGCCUGGGGGUGUAAAUUCACCUGUCCGUGCUUUUAAAUCUGUUGGUGGACAACCUAUUGUCAUUGAUUCUGUCAAGGGCUCGCACAUGUGGGAUAUAGAUGGAAAUGAGUACAUCGACUAUGUUGGUUCUUGGGGACCAGCGAUAAUUGGACAUGCAGAUGAUGAGGUACUUGCAGCCCUCGCUGAAACAAUGAAGAAAGGGACAAGUUUUGGUGCCCCAUGUCUUUUAGAGAAUACUCUGGCAGAGAUGGUCAUCUCUGCUGUUCCAAGCAUAGAAAUGGUACGGUUUGUUAACUCAGGAACAGAAGCAUGUAUGGGUGUGCUUCGCCUGGCUCGUGCCUUUACUGGGAGAGAGAGAAUCAUUAAAUUCGAAGGUUGUUACCACGGUCAUGCUGAUCCAUUCCUUGUUAAAGCAGGUAGUGGUGUUGCCACGCUUGGGCUCCCCGACUCUCCUGGUGUCCCAAAAGGAGCUACAUAUGAAACACUAACAGCCCCUUACAAUGAUAUCUCUGCUGUGGAAAAUUUAUUUGAGAGCCAAAAGGGUGAGAUUGCUGCAAUUAUUCUAGAACCUGUUGUUGGGAACUCUGGUUUCAUUGCUCCUAAACUCGAAUUCCUUGAUGCCAUACGCAAGAUUACCAAAGAAAAUGGCACUCUCCUUAUUUUUGAUGAGGUUAUGACCGGAUUUCGCCUAUCUUACGGUGGAGCUCAGGAGUAUUUCGGCAUAACUCCUGAUUUGACAACACUUGGGAAGAUUAUUGGUGGUGGAUUACCCGUUGGUGCAUACGGAGGAAGGAGGGAGAUCAUGGAGAUGGUGGCACCUGCAGGACCAAUGUACCAGGCUGGGACAUUGAGCGGGAACCCAUUGGCAAUGACAGCAGGAAUACAUACUCUUAAGCGGUUGAAGGAGCCUGGAAGCUAUGAGUACUUGGAUAAGAUCACCAAGAAACUCAUCCAAGGAAUUUUGGAUGCUGGCAAGAAGGCCGGGCAUGCAAUAUGCGGUGGGUACAUAAGCGGGAUGUUUGGGUUUUUCUUCACCGACGGGCCGGUUUACAACUUUGAGGAUGCAAAGAAGAGCGAUGCUGCAAAAUUUGCGAGAUUCCAUAGGGGAAUGCUGGAGGAAGGUGUAUACUUUGCACCUUCUCAGUUUGAGGCCGGGUUCACAAGCUUGGCGCAUACUUCUGAAGACAUCCAACGGACAAUAGCAGCUGCUGAGAAAGUCUUCCAGCAAAUUUAGAAUGCCUUGUCCUUUUUCAAUGGAAAGUUUUUACUUGAAUAUUUCUUCAAACAUAUCAGCCAUUUUACACUGAUGAAAUGGUGGAUGCGUAAAGAGGAGGGCAAAACUCUCUUAACUAAUAACCACCUGUUUUUCUGAACCUUGGACCGUGAGGUGGUAUGAGCCGGGCCUGGGCCUGCAGGGAUUUAUUAUUGGACCGGGCUUCAUGGGCCUAGCAGUAGCAGGUCUUGGAAGGAAAAAUCCAUCCAGGCCAUAAAGCGGACAAAAUGUUGUUAAUGGAUUCCUUCUAUAUCAAGGUCGAGUGUUGACAGGAAUCGAACUGGACCCGAAUUGAACCUAAAGUAAUUUUGAGUCCAUACACCAACUCCUAGGCGAUAGCAAAGCCGCAACGGGAUGUAGCAGAAAAUUAACACCACAAGCAUUUCUUUGUAAAUUUGAUCGUGACAAUGUUUUUACAUUAAUGGGGCUAUACAGCUUUCCAUACUGCUACAAAUGAUUCAAGCUAUGUAAUAAGGAGGGAACCAAAAGAACAAC